UUAUUUAUUUUAUUCAUAAUCUCUUCUCUGCGUUCGUGGAGUCAUCUGGCUUUACUGGUUUUCUAGGGUUCCGCGACCUAUCUGAAUAAGACUCAAUCCGUCUCUUCUCUCCAAUCUUCCCUCCCGACAGGGAAUACCACCAAAGCGACGAGGGAUUUCGUGGUCCGGGAGUUGAGGAGGACGACGAGGGAACUCUCUUCCUAGGGUUUCGUUUCAUGGUCUGAGUUGGAAUCGGUAGAUUUGUGUGGGAGAUCUUGAGAAGAUGGCGGCGUCCUCAGGGAGAGGGCUCGAGGAGCAGUUGGCGGAAGCUGGAAACAAGCUUCUCAAGCCUCCUUCUUCGGUUGAUGAACUCCUCCCUUUACUCGACGAAGCUGAGUCUUUCCUCACAAAAGUGGAGCAGUCACCAGCUAAAUCCAUGCAUGAUGCACUUUCUCCAAUGAUUAAGGCAUUGGUAGCGGAUGAACUUUUGAGGCAUUCUGAUGUUGAUGUGAAGGUUGCCCUUGCUUCUUGCUUAAGCGAGAUCACAAGAAUUACUGCACCGGAUGCCCCAUAUGACGAUGAAAAGAUGAAGGUUGUGUUCCAAUUAAUAGUUUCGUCUUUUGAGAAUUUAUAUGAUGAGUCAAGCAGAUCCUUUAGCAAGAGGGCUAUGAUUCUUGAAACCGUGUCCAAGGUCCGGUUAUGUGUUGUUAUGUUGGAUCUGGAAUGUGAUGCACUUAUCUCUGACAUGUAUCAGCACUUCCUUAAGGCCAUUAGAGAAUAUCAUCCAGACAAUAUCUUCUCAUCCAUGGAAUCAAUCAUGAUACUUGUACUCGAAGAAAGUGAAGAUAUUUCUAUGGACCUGGUUACUAAGCUACUGGAUAGUGUCAAAAAGGAGAAUGAGGAGAUAAAGCCAAUUGGUAAAAGGUUGGCAGAGAGUGUAGUUGCAAAAUGUGCUAGCAAGCUAAAGCCUUACAUAACUCAUGCUGUAAAAUCUCUGGGCAUUUCUUUGGAUGAGUACAGUAAAGUUGUAAGUUCUGUACUGCAAGGGACUCCUGUAGCUGCUGAGCAUAAUAAUGAUACUUUGAAAGAACUAUCGUGUGUGGAGAGCAAGUUAGCUAGUUCUGCCGAGAGAGCUCAUGAAACUCAGACUGUUGAGAACAAAGCAUCUACUGUGUCUUCAGAUGAGUUGGGCCAGAUGGCUGUUGACACUAAACAAGAGGCAUGUUCAAAAGAUGAAAAUCAAGCUGUGAAUACAUCUCCUAAGUCAGUUACUAGUAGUGGUGUUAAUGGAGGGAAUUCUGUAGAAACCGAAUCUUUAGCAAAGUCGGGGGAUCAUGGUCCUAACCAGACAGAUAUUGCAAAGCUGACACCUAAAUCUGACACUGAUGAUUCACAGGCCAAUAGCUCAAUGAAAUCAGAGCCAGACAAGUCUGAUUACAGUGCUAAGGAACAGGGAGGGAAGUCUAACUCACAAACAAAUUCUGCAGAAUCUUUGGACCAAGCUCCUGAUAAUACAGAAAAAGAGACUGAGAAGCUUCCAGAUAGUCAAAGAAGUGAGAGAGAUGUUCAUGGUUCACUUGUUGAAAAUCCACCUGAUAAUCAUCCAGAUGAACAAAAAAGUAAAGGUGAAGAUAUUGACAGUUUGCCUGCUGACAACACAACUGAUGAGGCAGCCAAACUAUUGGAUGAAAACAAGACUAGUGCUCAGAUUUCUCCACAUAAAACAUCUGAGGAUGAAGCUGCCAAUGUUGCUUCCUCACACCCUAGUCAGAGCCUUCCUGAUGAAAUCCAUGAGGAAGAAGAGCCUACUCAGCCAAAGGAGGAUGAUGAUUUGGUUCAGGACGAGAGUGUCUCUACUGAAAUUGCAUCUAAGAAGCCAUCUGAUGGGACAAGUGAUUCUGAAGCACAGCCACAGGAGGAUCCUGGUAUCAGGGUGCAGACUGAGACUUCUCAUGAGGAAGAAGCUGGUACCAUGAGUGAUGCAGAGGCAAAAGACAUAAAACAGCGAGGUGAGAAGGCUGAGACUAAUAUCACAGAGGGUGGUUCCUCAAUAAGAAAGAAGAAUAACACAAAAAGACGUGGACGUGGAAAGGCUAAUAUGGACAUUGAUGUGCCAAAGUCCUCUGCAAAAGAUGAUAGCAAUAAGAUGUCUUCACAAGAGUCUCCUCAGAGGUCUGCUGAAGAUGAUGGUAAAGAAGGAAGCCAAAGAAAGAACACAAAGAGAAAGCGUCCUUUGGGCAAGGAGAAAGUACCGGAUAUAGCAUAUGAUGAGAGCCUUGUUGGUUCCAAGGUCAAAGUUUGGUGGCCAUUGGAUAGUGUAUUUUAUGAAGGUGUCGUAGAAUCCUAUGAUCCUGUUAAAAAGAAGCAUAUGGUUUUGUACACCGAUGGAGAUGAAGAAUUUCUGAAUCUUAGGAAGGAACGAUGGGAAAUUGUUGGUGAACAUUUGAUGGGAGAAUCGGACUUGGACGAACCAUCUAGCCCUGAUGCUUCUGCCGAGAUGCAGAAGAAGAAAAAAACCAGAAGACAGGCUGAAACAUCAAAGCAUGACAGGUCAGAUGUUUCACCUAGGAGUGGUGGAUCCAAGGCCAAAGGCACAGCUACAAAAUCUGGUCGUAAAUCCAAGGAUGAUGUUAUUGUUGAGCCAAAAUCCAAAGACCGCGGCCUAAAAUCUGGUGGUAAAUCUAAGGAUGUGACUAGUAAUAAACUUAAAAAUGAUUCUGAAAAGGGCUCGGGUAAGUUGAAAGAUGUUAUUAGCAGCAGCUCUCCGAGGUCUAAGUCCAAGACAGAUAUCUCUCCUAAGACUGCCAGCAAAUCCCAGCAAGACACUGUGACAAAAUCAAUCCCCAGGUCAAAAGGUAAAGCUCUUCAAAGCGGUGGUAAGCCCAGUGCCAAUGGCGGUACAGGCAAAGGAAAGUCUAUGUCAAAGGGCAAGGAGACUGGGGAUGUGAAGGAAAAGUCCACAGAGGUAGCAAAAACACCAGAUAGCGGGAAGGGGAAAGCUUCGGGAGCAUCCAAGGAGCAAGAAACUGAGUCAAAGAUUGGGAAGAAGAGAAAGAGGAAGUAAAAACUGAGAAUAGGGGGUGUCCUACUGUAAUCUCUGACUAUUGUCUUAGUUGCCUAGGUAAUUUUUUUUUUUUUUCGGUUUUUGCUCGGAUAUAUUCUAUUCCUUUAGAAAUAAUUUGUGUUAUUAUCUUAUUUAAGUUGACUAGAUGUAUCAUACUUCUUUUUGUGGAGCCAAUAGUACCAUAUGAUGUUGGUUAGUUUAUAGUGCCCUGUGGAUAACUGCAAAUUCGGAUAUGGAGCAUUGCCAUUGUGUUAUUGUACUCAAUUCCAGCCUCUUGCUUA